UACUAUUGGGAUAAUUUAUGUUGUUAUGGAAUGUCCUCAGUUGGAGUCAAAUUUGCAUCCUCUUGCAUUCUCAACUGAGUGGUCAAGACAUGUGGAUUCUGUUGUUACUGUGGGUUCAGCAUCUCAUGUUGUGAUCAAUUCAUCACGUGCAUCCUCAAAGCAUGGGAUUGGCCGAAAAAGGGUUAGGUCUUCAGAACCUGAGUCCAAUCCUUCAUCAAAAGCUGCUAGUGGAUUGGGUAUAUUCUGGUGGAGGGGUGGUAAACUUUCUCGUCGGGUGUUUAAUUGGAAGGUUCUGCCUUGCUCCUUGGCUUCCAAGGCUGCCAGACAAGUUUAAAAUUCUGCAGCUGGGUGUACAAAGAUACCGGGCAUAUUAUAUCCUGAGAAUUCAGAAUUUGUGAAGAGAAGUAGAUGCG